AGCCAACCACUUUCAAUCUUAUCUCGUACAUCAUAGGGGUCCUCCGAUUUAUCCGCCGACCAUUCAAGGCAUCCGCGGAGCAUGAUUCAAUACCAAACUCCUGCGCGUCGGUUCCCUCUAAAAUAUUGAUGAACCUCGGCUGUCACCGUUCAAAUUCCGCGGAAUACUCUCCUUAAUAUUGUCGUCUAGAAAGCGCGUCAAUCCAAGGAAAUGCAAGCUCGGUCGCCCUCAGCACUCGCCGGCAGAUUGGAUCCGAUCCACUCCCAAUACACUCCCUCGGACUCCGGACCCGGUCCUCACCAUGAUAUGCACCCGGGGUCUCACAAUAAAUCGGAUGGUCAACUGGCAGUCCAAUCCUUCCAAACUGGAUCUAUAUCACCGACAGAGCAAGAUAUCAGAGUUCAGAAUCAUGGAUACCCAUACCAUAGUAAUAUCAGUGGUAUUAGCCCUAUCCAAAAGGGCCUGGCUAGUGUGAAUCGUUGGUCCCAAUCCACUGCUUCAAGUGAUGACCUUCAUUAUUCGAGUUCCCAAGAAAGGAUUGCCGGCCUCGGAGAUUACGGCAUGUCCAGAAGUGCGCAAAGUCCAACGCGAAGUUCCGAAUGUUAUCAAUUACCACCUACUGCAAAUCCAAGAAGUCACAACUACUCCUCUUCAGUCGCCUCGGAAAAUGUAUAUGAUUCAGCGCAUUCCCUUCCAAUCACCCGCAGAUUGUCAAAUCUGCUUCAAUCUGCGACUAUGAUUGAUGUGACGAAUUCAACCGGAAGCCAACCUCGGUUUACAGAUAACGCUAUUCAUUCGACCAGUCAGCCGCACGGUACUGAGAAUACAGAGCAGGGCCAUACGAAAGGAAACAGCAGAGAGAACCUUGCAACGAGUUAUGAAAGUCGUUUGUCGAACCAAGAUGAUCAUACCUUCCAAGAAGAUUCCGUUUCACCGCGCCAAAAAUUACCUUCCUCGGGCUUGAAAGAGCAGGUCCGCGGCAAACGACAACGGGCCAUGUCUCAGAAAGCAAUGCUCUCCAAAGCUCUUCAAAAAGCCAAUACUGCCGUACUUCUUGACAAUGCGGCCAACUUUGAAGGUGCUAUGGAAGCAUAUAACGAUGCUUGUGAAUUGCUACAACUGGUAAUGCUACGUAGCAGUGGGGGCGACGACGAAAAACUAAAACUUCAAGAAAUCGUGAGUACAGUUGUUAAGACCUUUAAUCAGCCGCUAUAACUAGCUGGUUUUACUACCUGUCUAGGCUAACUACCAAAGCGUGACACAUACAUGAUUCGAGUCAAUGAACUCGAACGCCUUGAUUUCUCUGUUCAACAAGGCGACAGCAAAGCACUGCCCCAGAGACCCCUCAGCGAAGAAUCCUUUGGUGAUGUUUUUCAGCCAUUCGAUGAAGGUGAAAAGCCUUUCGAUUACAAUAUUAGUCGGCAAGAAGCACCACCUCUUAGUCAUGGCAUGGACUUCAAUCGGCAAAGGUUACUGGACCCCGGUAGAAUUC